AUGUCACAAAACAUGAUACCCCUUGAUGGUGAAGGUCAGAAGAGGGUGCCGGGAGUUGAUCAGAGUCAUGCUUACCUCCCCGUCAGUGUUACUUCUUCAACUUGGACAUCGGAGGUUUCCACUAUGGUCCUGGGCACCCACAACAUUGGUGAUGACUAUCCCGUUUUCGAUGGGCUGUUCGACUACUGUUCUAUCUCAGCUGGAGGCUCCAUGGGUAACAGUGUUUCACGGGGUAUCAUAAAGGGUGCUGCACGUCUUAGUCGAGACAAAUGUGAUAUUGCCGUAAACUGGGCUGGCGGUCUUCACCACACGAAGAAAAACAUCGUGCUGGGCAUUCUUGAGUUAUUCUGGUAUCAUACCGGUAAACUCGGCUGCCUAAACCUAUCUAUGCGAGAAAUACCCGUGAAUGAAUACUACGAGUAUUUUGGACCGGACUACGUCAAAUACAGAGGAUAUGAAUACACCGGAGUACCUGGAAUGUGUCAAGAAUAUUGUACUCAAACAUCUGCAACAUUUGGGAGGGCCUCCCGGUAUUCAUAUGACAGGUAUGGAUUUGGAGGGUAUUUGGAAGGUGCUGGAAUGUUCAUCAAACUGCCAGAUAUUGCUCAAUCGAUGCGGACAUUGCUGGUGGAAGGAGGUUUAGUAUCGGUUGGACACACCACGAUGGUUUGCUCCGUGUCGAGCGGACAUUUGCCGAUGGAAGUCGAUACUCCAACGACCACGGAAAGCGAGCCUACACCUAUUGAACCGGUCGCCGCCAAUGGCACAACAGAUCAUUACUCGGGUGAUAAGUCGCCAAAAACGAACGAUGCUACGUGCACAAGGGUAGAAAGUUGA